AUGUUUUUUUAUUCCUGGUCUCCAUUCAGGCAGUCAACCCAACGCUUCCAGCAUCAAGCCCGCCUCACAACAAGUGGGUCUGUCCACGCGCUCGCAGUAUCUAAUGAUGGCCAAGCUCUUGCAUGCGGCGGCACCGAGGGCAUUAAAGUCUGGGAUAUCAAAUCUCGGAAAGAACUCACAUGCUCAUCUCAUAACUACGAGUCCCGAGGCACAGUCAGCUGCGCUGUCUGGAUUACGACAAGACUGGCCAUGACAGAAACCCUUUGCUAUGGAACAGGGCUUGGUUACAUCGUGUUUUUGCGACGUAGCCCAGUAGAUAUGCUUUUUCAGGAGACUUGCACCAGGAGGCUCGGAUCGGGCUUCGAGAUUACAUGUCUGUCAUGGGAUAUGUCCUCUGAAGGGAGUACUCGGAUUGCAGUCGGAACAAGGGACAAGAUAGUUCAGUCUGUAGCAUUUGCAGACGAUAAAGGCGUUUAUGUAUUUGGACUAUAUGACGGCAACUUCAUCAAGCUGAAGGGGGAUGACGGCGCAGUAGUGAAGGAAUAUAGUUGCCAAUCGGUGAUCGGACAUGCGGCAAUCAACCAGAAGAGGGGUGUGUUCAUGGUAGACAACGCAACCGACAGGUUUACGUUGUACCGACUUCUCGGUGAUGAGGAGCCAGUUCGAACUUUCAUCACCGCUCCUCCCAGUGUAUCAGUCCCAAAGCAGGUGGCAUUCAGUGCCGAAGGGAGGUUGGUGUUACUGGAGAGUCUUCAUCACUCCAAUGCCGGCCUGGUGCAGACAAUAGCCACACAUGAUAUUAACGGGCGCUGCAUAGUCGCCAGUGCAUCGCAAGCACUAAGGCAUAAGGCUACAGUCAAUUUAUGGGUCUACGACUAUGGCAUGAAAAAGGAAACCAUCACCUCGAAAGAAUCCUGGUCUCUGUCGUGUGCACUAACGCACAUUUUCACAAUCUUGAUUCACACAAGUGCCCUAUUGGUGACCUUAUGUUUCUUGAUGAACUAUGUGAACUAUGACACGAUGGCGCUGUCAGCAGACCUUGGCCAGCGCAUGAGACAUACACGGGUGUUCUUCACUAAUAAUCUUGAAGCGAGUGUGCGCGAAGCGGUGUUGGACAAAGUACCGCAUGCACAAGAAAAAAACCACGAAAAGAGCGAUAUCCUGAUGCUGCGCGAAUUGGCAGAAAGGCUUAUGGAGGCCAUUCGAGAGGCGGAAGGAGAUGUAGGUGAAGAAAGCGCCAUUGGUGAAAAAGACGAGAUUGCUGCUGAAGCCGAGAGGGUAUUUUAUGAGGCGCUGAGGGUACGACGGGUUGAUACUAGGGAAGAUAGUUCAGGGGGGAAAGAUGUUAUUCUCAUAUAA